AUGGAAGAUAAUAGGAACUCUCAAAAUUAUAGUUGUGAAAGUUCUAGUAUUGGUAAAACUAGUUUGAUUGAAAUAAAAAAAACUAAUCAAUUCUCUACAUAAACUGAUAUUACUAUAAGAACUAGAUAUAUCAAUUGUUAAGAAUAUGAAAAUUAAUAAUAAUGUGUAUGAUGUUGCUAUUUGAGAUACUGGUAUUCAGAAAAGAUUUUAAUCAAUUUUCAAAAUUUCUUCUUAAGUAUUUGUAUGCUUUUUAAUCAAUAGAAUGCUAAUGCUUCUUUAAUAUUUUUUUUUAAUUGAAGUGAUUGUUUGUAUUUAAAUAGUGUUGCAUCUUGGAUUUAAUUCUUAAAAUCUGAGGUACCUUAAAUCUAUAAAUUUUUGUUGUAGGCAUAAAAAAAGAUCUCAUGUUCAUUAAAUAUCUCUUGUUCGGAAGGCCAAUUUUUUAGAUGAAUUUAAAAUUCAUUUAACAUCUUCAAAAAUUGAAGAAUUAAUUUAAGAUGCAUUUUAUAUAGCUUUAUGA